AACCAAUUACCCAAUUACCCAAUUACCCAAUUACCCAAGUACGGCAACUUUGAAACUGUAUCAUAAUUCUUUCUCUCCCUUACCCUUACUACAGUUACCAUCUCGGAUUCCAUCCCACGAAAGCUUUACUUCUCACAUUCCAAAAUUCCAAGCUAUCCUUGGAACAAAACCACGAAACGUUCCAGUAAUACUCGCGCAUAGCAUACACAACAUAUACCUACGAGCAGAUCCAUUCAUGCAGUGAAACCAUUCACAAUCGCAUCCAUCCACAAUGCCCAAUAAUCGCUAUCACGACGAAACCCCCAUGUCCUCCUCCGGCACCUCUACUCCCACCCUCUCAAACUCCACAAGCUGGGCUGUCCCGACCAUUUCCACCGCAGUCACUGGACUACUGCGGCGUUUUUCCACCGAACCCUCCACUCAUUCGGGUAACGGCAAUGGGAAUCAUCACAACAAUACUUCUAAUCACGCGAAAUCGCACUCUCCAUCAUUUUCCCCUGCACAAAAUGGUAUUCAAGGCGUCUAUACACCUCCUCAUCGAACCGCGUCGCCCUUUCAACCACCGCCUUUGUAUCCAGUGAUGUUGAAGGGGUGGAGAGAAAAUACAGAUCCGUCUGCGCAGUUGUUGAGUCGCGCAUUGGCGGAGGAAAUUAGAUUACUGGUUCCCCCACGCUUACAGUUGUGCGAGGAGUGGAAUUUGGUUUAUAGUUUGGAACAGGAUGGGGUUAGUUUGGGGACGCUUUACAAGAAGUGUGAUGACUUGAGGGGUUUGAGGAAUGGCUUCGUGUUGGUUGUUAAGGAUGGAGAGGGCGGGUUAUUUGGCGCAUACCUGACUGAAGCACCGCACCCCGCGCCUCACUAUUUUGGUACAGGAGAAUGUUUCCUCUGGCGCGCAACCAUCCUUUCCUCCUCUCUACUAGCGAAUCUUCCUCCUCCCCCUUCCGCCGACACAACAAAUUUGCAACGCUCAACUACCAUCGGCGCUCCUCGAGAUCAGAACCAUAAUCCCUCCCACCCCUCUUCACUCCUCUCUCUCACUUUCUCCCAAUCCCCUCUCAAAUCCCCCUCCUCCAUCAAAUCAGGCGCCAGCACACCCGAACGAAUCCGUUUCAAAGCCUUCCCCUACUCUGGAAUAAACGACUAUAUGAUGUUUUGCGAAACGGGAUUUCUAUCAAUAGGAGGUGGAGAUGGACAUUAUGGACUUUGGUUAGAUGAUACGUUCGAGAAGGGCGUAAGUAGCAGUUGUCCCACGUUCGGAAACGAACCAUUGAGUGAGGAGGGGGAGAAAUUCGAUAUCAUAGGGGUAGAAGUGUGGAGUAUUGGGAAUUAAGCGAUAUUGCUACACGAGAGAGAGGUCCUCAGGAAGGAAAUAGGAAAAGCAGGCAGGACGUACAAAGGGAAGAGGAGGUUGCAGGACAAUCCGGAUCGAUUAAUGUAUGCAUGAUACCCUUAUUGCGAAAUUUGUAGGCAGCUUGAAGCAUUUUUACUUUACCCUCGUUACAUUCCAUGAAUAAGAAAAUGAAUGGAUAGCGCUGGUAAUACAUAUAAUAGGAGUAUACAGCG